GCUGAGUCCUAAACCAUUCAUCUAAAGCAAAAGAUGUUUUCGAUGGCAACUUCUUCGUCUUCCCAACUCGUCAAUUUUCGAAAUUCUCCGAAAUCCCUUAUCCCCGUCAUGUCAGCUGCGUCUGGGUUCAAAACCCUGACGGAGAAUUUCACGGUGAGGAUUCAGAGAGCAGAGAACCGCGAACUGAACGUCCCCCUGCUCUCCCCCUUCACCAUCGCUUCGUCCCGCCUCGAUUCCGUCGGAAACGUCGCGAUUCGGAUCGAGCUCAGCGGCGGAUGCGUCGGCUGGGGAGAAGCUCCGAUUUUACCCUCGGUGACGGCGGAGGAUCAGCCUACAGCCAUGGCUAAAGCGCGGGAAGCUUGCGAGCUUCUCAGAGAGUUGCCGGAGAUGAAGCUGGGUCACGUUCUUGAGGAGAUCGGCGGGAUUCUCCCUGGGCAUCGAUUUGCAUCUGUAAGAGCGGGGGUGGAGAUGGCUAUGAUUGAUGCUGCUGCUAAGAGCGUUGGAGUUCCCUUGUGGAAACUCUUUGGUGGUGCUUCGAAUUCAAUCACCACCGAUAUUACAAUUCCGAUAGUUUCUCCAGCUGAAGCUUCAAACUUGGCUGCAAAGUACAGAGAAGAAGGGUUUAAAACCUUGAAGCUCAAGGUUGGGAAGAACCUUAAGGCUGAUAUACAAGUUCUCCAGGCUAUACGUGAAGUCCACCCUGCUUCUUCCUUCAUUUUGGACGCAAACGAGGGUUAUAAAACAGAGGAAGCUAUCGAAGUUCUCCAAAAGCUUUAUGAAAUGAAGGUUACACCGGUUCUCUUUGAACAACCAGUCCACAGAGACAAUUGGGAAGGUCUCAGACACGUUACUCGAGUUGCAAAGGACAGAUUUGGAGUCUCGGUUGCAGCAGACGAGAGUUGUAGAGACUUGACUGAUCUCCAGAGAAUCAUUAAAGAUGAUGUGGUAGAUGUUGUUAACAUCAAACUCGCCAAAUCCGGUGUUCUCGAGGCCCUUGAGGUGAUUGAAUUGGCUAGAUCGUCUGGAAUUGAGCUUAUGAUAGGGGGAAUGGUGGAGACUAGACUAGCAAUGGGGUUCUCCGGUCACCUUGCUGCUGGCAUUGGGUGUUUCAGAUUCAUCGACUUAGACACUCCACUUCUUCUAGCUGGUGAUCCCGUUCAAGGUGGCUACAAAGCAUCGGGUGCUGUCUAUGAGUUUAAUGAUGAAGGCGGUCACGGAGGAUAUCUUUACUGAAUGAACUUGCUUUGUGAGGAGUCUACUAGCGUCCUUGUUUAUGUAGUUUAUAGUGAACCAACCUCAAGUUUGAUGUUUAGUUUUUGUGCUUAAGAAAAGCAUUACACCUUGUCCUAAAUUUCCAGUUUUCGUUAAAUAAGUGAAUGUAACUUGCAAGUUUUGUAACAUGUGUUCCAAAUAAAUGUAAGACAUUCAUCACAUUAAGAUUGGUUUGUUUCUGAAACA